AAACGUCAUUCUACUUCCGGUGCGCGGCCAUUGUCGCCUUUAACAACGUGAAGAGUUCGUUGAACGCGCCAAAAAAUCUUGCGUUUCUUUCAGUUUUUUAAACCUUUAUCGAAGAAGAUACUGAUAUUAUCUCUUAAUCAUGGCGUACAGAGGACAAGGACAGAAAGUCCAGAAGGUUAUGGUGCAACCUAUUAACCUUAUUUUCAGGUAUCUACAGAAUCGAUCCCGUAUCCAGGUGUGGCUUUACGAGCAGAUCAACAUGCGGAUAGAAGGCUGCAUUAUUGGUUUUGACGAGUACAUGAACUUAGUUCUGGAUGAUGCAGAGGAAGUGCACAUGAAGACCAAGAACAGGAAGCCUUUAGGGAGGAUCAUGCUGAAAGGAGACAACAUCACGCUGCUACAGAGCGUCUCGAAUUAACCUCGUGUCACAGAACCAUGAUGGAGUUUUUUGUCUGAUUACGUUUAUUUGUUGGAUUUUUCAUUUGUUUCUAAGCCAUGAUAAUUUUGCGUCAUGUUUUUCUAACCGAGCAUCAUUAAAGAAUGUUUUGUUUAUUUGUUUAUCGA